AUGGGCAAGAAAAGCUUCAGAGGCAGAGGGCGACGCGGUGGCGCGCAAGCCAACGGCGGCUGGCGCGACUUUGCACCCUUCGACAAGAACAACGACAAGCUGGAGGAGUACUACGAUGCUCUGCUCCAGCUGCCCGAGGAGGAGAGGCAGCGGUAUUGGGAAGCCUUGAGGCGUGAGUUGCCCAGCAGCUUCCGUUUCACCGGCUCCAAAGGGCAUGCCCUGGCCGUCAAGAGGCUCCUUCAGACGCGAUACAUUCCCGAGAUUGUAAAAAUCGAGCACCACGAUGGUCGACCCGUUGAGCCCCCCAAGCCUGUGUCGUGGUACCCGGAUGAGCUGGCCUGGUGGAUGACCACUCCCAAGAACGUUGUGCGCAAGUUCCCACCCUUCUCUGCCUUUCAGAAAUUCCUCGUCUCCGAGACCACGGUGGGCAACAUCAGUAGACAGGAGGUUGUGAGCAUGAUACCUCCUUGCCUGAUGGAUCUGCGACCCGGCAUGGCCGUCCUGGACAUGUGCGCCGCCCCCGGAAGCAAGUCCGCCCAGCUCCUCGAGAUGAUUCACUGGGGCGAGGAGGCACGCGUGCGCAAGGUUCUGCGCAGGUUUGCCAAGGAAGACGGUCUGGACCUCGGGAACGAGACUCAGGAUGAGAUGGACGCCCAUCUAGAAGCUGAUCCUUCCGACAAUGGCCGCGCCACGGGCCUCCUCAUCGCCAACGAUUCCGACUAUAAGCGCGGGCACAUGCUCGUUCACCAGCUUAAGCGACUGUCUUCCCCUAACCUCAUCGUCACGAACCACGAUGCCACCCAGUUUCCUUCCCUCAAACUGCCUUCAACGGACCCUACGGCCAAGCCGACCUACCUCAAGUUCGAUCGUAUUCUGGCCGACGUCCCUUGCUCCGGUGACGGCACCCUGCGAAAGAAUGCGAACCUGUGGAAGGACUGGCAGCCGGGCAACGCUCUUGGCCUACAUGCCACCCAGAUCCGAAUUCUCGUCCGAGCCUUGCAGCUUCUCAAGGUUGGCGGCAGGGUCGUCUACUCGACCUGCAGCAUGAACCCUGUGGAGAACGAGUCCGUCAUUGCGUCGGCCAUUGAGCGAUGUGGAGGUCCAGGUAAUGUUGAGAUUCUCGACUGCAGCGAACAACUCCCCUCACUCGUGAGAAGACCAGGUAUGAGGAAAUGGAAAAUCAUCGACAAGUCGUGCCGCAUAUGGGAUACAUGGGAGCAGGUUGAGACGUUCGCUCGGGAGGAGAACGGCGGCGUGGUGCCUGGUCGUGUCUCGCAGACCAUGUUCCCCAAACUGAGAGGAAAUGCGUGCCAUGACCUGCCCUUGGAGCGUUGCAUGAGAGUCUACCCUCACCUUCAAGACACUGGUGGUUUCUUCAUCACGGUUUUGGAGAAGAAGGCUGACUUUAAGGCACGAAACGAGAACGAGCCCAAGGCUGCUGCCGCUGCCGCUGCCGCUACCGCCACCGACGGCAAUGCGGAUGCAUCUAACGAAAGGAAGGAGGAAAAGCCAGCCGAGGCCGCUCCAGCUCGACAUCAAGCGCCACUCGUCACCGAGACCACAGAAUCCAAGCCAGGGCCCGACACGGCCUCGGACGAAGCCCGCACAAAUGGCAGCAAGAGAGCACUCGAAGAAGACGACAGCGAGCAGACAGCCAAGAAGACAAAGACCAACGCCGACCCUUCUGCUACUGCACCCGCACCUCUGGUUCAACCUGCCGAAGCUGUCAGUAGGCCCAAGAAAGCCGGCCCUCCGGAAGAGCCAUUCAAGUAUCUCGACGCGUCUCACCCCGUCAUCCAGAACAUCAAACAAUUCUACCAUCUUUCCACUCGCUUUCCCGACAACCGCUACAUGGUCCGCAAUGAACUCGGCGAGCCCGCAAAGGCCAUCUACUAUACCACAGCCCUCAUCCGCGACAUCCUCACCGAGAACGAGGGCCGCGGCGUGCGCUUCGUCCACGGCGGUGUCCGCAUGUUCAUGAAGCAAGAUGCCCCUUCAGCCGAAGUGUGCCGCUGGCGCAUCCAGUCCGAAGGGAUGCCAAUCGUCCAGGGAUACGUCGGCGAACCACGUGUCAUUCGCCUACACAAGAAAGAGACCCUCCGCAAGCUCCUCAUAGAAAUGUUCCCCCGCAUCGCGGACGGGCAGUGGAAGAAUUUUGACGAGAUAGGCGAGAGAGUCCGCGACGUCGGCAUGGGAUGCUGCGUGCUCCGCAUCGAGCCCGAGGCAGGUGAUGCGGAAUUCACGGAGCGGAUGGCCUUGCCGCUGUGGAAGAGUAUUCACUCGUUGAAUCUCAUGCUUCCCAAGGAAGACAGAGCUGCUAUGCUCCUGAGGAUCUUUAACGACACCACGCCCCUGAUUAACAAUACCCUGAACAAACAAAAGCACCAACCGGACGGGGCCAAGCAUCAGGAGAGUGAGGCCAAGGAAGAGCAGGUAGCGGACAAUGUUGACGUGGAGGAUUUGCCGUCCCCUGAGUAG